UCUAGAAUCUAGAAUGUGAUUAAUUUAUAAAAUUUUAAUUUCCAAUUUUACAAUGUAAAUAAAAUUCUAAAAUUCUGAAAAUGGAACAUAAUAACGAGGAUAAAGGCCUAAAAACUGAUGAUGCGAUAAAUAAAUUAUGUGCUGAACUAUCUGCUGUUCUGGAUCAAUAUGAAAUCUCUCAAAAAAAUAGGAAAUCAAAAUCUUGGUUGAAAGAUGCAUUGAGUUUCAGAAGCAAAAGAACAACAAUAAAUGCAAUCUCUAUUGUCUUUGGAUUAUGGACAAGUGUGUCACUUAUUGUAGGCUACAUACUGGAAGGGGACAACUUGGGAGGCUAUGAGGCCAUUCCUGUCAUAGUUUUAUUUAUAGUUAACAUUAUUCUGGAAAUUUACGAUAACAAAUUACGGCACCAAGAGAUUCCCAAUAGGAUUCGUUCAGUUUUGGAGAAUCUCGAAAGAGAGAAGUCCCGUAUUAAGUGGUCUUCUGAUAAUUAUCCAGAUUUGUACACCCCAUAUUCGCCAUGCAUUACGCUACAAUGGACCUACAGAGAUGGGAAGGUUGUCAAUUUGCCUUGGGCUCUUUUGGUCAAGGGAGAUGUUAUAGUUGUCAAACCAGGCCAAAUCAGCCCUGGAUAUUGUGAAGCACUAGAAAAACAAACGGAGAUUCCACUUUUACAUGCCAAAGAAGUGUAUGCACCAACAUUACAGAAUGCAAAUGAAGUCUUCAGCGCCCCCAAAUAUAGAAAACCUCUGGAACCGAAAAAGUACCGUCUAUUGGAAACUCCCUACUUGAAUAAUCUAAAGAUAUUCCUGGAACAAGCCCUGGAUAGACCAGUAUCUCAAUUGAAUCAACAAAGGCAUUUAGUAACAAUUAAUAUUGUCGAACAAAUGAUUUUACCGUUUACUUUUGUUUUAGUUCUGGUGAUAAAUCUGUUCAGGUACUUUUAUUUUCACAAAUAUUUCGGAAGGUACUUGGUAUCCAAUACCUUGUUCAUUGUACCUUGUAACGUAAUCUUGCCACUGCUGCCAAUGAUUUUUCCGUUGUUCUGGAACCUUACCAACUAUAUUGGAACUGCAAGAAUAAAGACCUUCUUUGAUGCUACUACUAGAUGUGACACAAAAAUCAAUCAUUUGGAAGAAGAUGCCGAUGGAUCACCAAUAGACGAUAAGAAACUAAAAAUCAGCAGACGUGAAGUAUUGUCAAACUUUUGGAAAAUUUUACGAGGAAAACCUGAAAUUUUAACCCGAUCAACUAAUAUCCUACAUGUCCUAGGAUCAGUUACAGCCUUAGGAUGUGUCGAUAAGAAGGGUAUUUUGUCUUGGCCUAAUCCAACUGCAGAAAAGAUAUUUUUCUUGCACAAUCAGCAUCACGAUUCACAUUCGUCAAGUUUGGACAAUGUGAAUGACCUAUCCAGCGAUAUAGACUCGAUGUUUCCCAAUUUUCAACCGGAAAGUCCCAGUGCUGUCACUGAAGUGCUAGAUCUCACCCACCGGCACAACGAUCCCUUCAAGCUACACUUCGACGACCAGGAAUGGAAUCGAUAUCUGUCCAAUCUCAAGCCUUUAGGUCUGGCUAUACUGCUAAACACCUGCAAUAUCGAUACGAAGGAACAUUACAAUACAUUUUGUUCACACAUAACUUGUGAAGCAAUGUACAACGAAAAUUUGGUACCAGUUACUAACAGACGGUGUUUAUGUGAGCUAGCCAAUGAGAUAGGAUUCGUAGAUCAAGCGCAAAAGAUAUUUACGCUGCAAGAACAACUCUCCAGCUUCAGGCACUUGCAAACAGAGAUGAUGAGAAGAGACAAUAAGUAUGCUCGAUCUCUGCAACUGUCCACGAAGCUGAAGUUUCCUUUCCCUCAUAUGUUUGCGGUAAUAGUUCAAGAAUUAUCUACGGGAAACAUGCAAUUGUUGUCGGAAGGCACGGCAGAUAUAAUUUUAGAUUCUUGCGUAGAUUACUGGGAUGGCAGAGAUCUCAUUCCAUUGUCGAAUACUGAUAGAAAGAGAAUACAAGACUUUUACCAGAGAAGUAGUCUGACUGCCUACUGUACAGCAUUUGCUUACAGGCCGCUUGCCAAAAAUAUUCAUAACAAACUAAGUGAGGUAUAUUUAGAGCUUCCCAGUGACUCGAGACAUUUAUAUUUGAGUCAUAGGAGCCCCACGCCAGUCCAUUGGGACAUUAAAAGUGUUCUGGAACCAAAAACUAAAUCGUCUCAAUUCUACAGUGCAGAUUCUCUUUUAUUCAACGAUUGUCAGACUGAUAAUGUAAGCGAUGCAGAGAGCUGUUUUCAGGUCCAGUGUAAUCAAAUAUUUAUUGGUAUGAUAACCAUGCAGUACCAAGCACUUAUUGAUAUGGUUCAUCUUAUAGAACAAUUGGAACGAGCCUGUAUCCGAUUCGUCCAUUUUAGUAAAGAAAAUGAGCUGAGAUCGCGCGUCUUUAGCGAAAAAAUGGGUCUGGAAAGUGGCUGGAAUUGUCAUAUUUCCCUACUUAGUGAAAGAAAUAGAGGGGAGAAUUGCGGACAGACAGAUGCUAGCGCUAGUCCUCCUCAACAAAGGAACAGAUUCGUAUUGCAGAACGUGGUCAGAAGGACUCAGCAAACGCCACGUGUCGAUGUCAAAUCGUUAUUGAUUGAUAGCAGCAACCUGGAGUCGUCCAGGACAAUGAGCUUUUCCGCACCAAGCGCCAUUAACAUGGAGUUUUCUACGGUUAAGUUCGAGAAAGAGGUGGAAAAAUUCAACAUCGAGAAGAAACAAUACGAACAGAGUGACGAUUUCAACCAAACCAGUCAAGAAAGUGUUUUAUUACAACCUGAUAGUACCACUCACGAAUGGCAGUCUCUGAGUAAUCUUACGGAGAGUACUGAGCAUAGUGCUCCCAUUAAUUUUGACAUGAGUAACAGGGCCAAACUCCCCAGAGGAAUAGAUAAAAUCAGGCCACACAUUGAACUGAUAGAUAAUGUUCCACUAUUAGUGUCCCUUUUCACUGAUUGUACUCCAGAUGUCACCAGAGAGAUGUUACAGAUUAUGCAAGACUACAAAGAAGUCGUCUGUAUCAUGGGGUCUGCUGAAAAUUGUGACAAUGCUGGAAUAUUUAUGCAAGCUGAUGCUAGCAUGUCAAUAGCCCCUUUGUAUCCUCAAGUUUGCCAGAAAGCAAAACCUUACAAAAACCCCGAAGAUUGUCCCGGUCCCAUAGACAUAUCUUGCCAAUUGAAUUCCAUUCCUUGUUCUUUGUCGAUAAAACGGGACUCCGCGCUGCCCAUAUACAGAUUGAUCAUGGAAUCCAGGCAUUUUGUGGCAUCGAUUUGGAACUCUGGUCAAUUUUGGUUGUGCUGCUGUAUAGCUUUAAGUGUACUACAAGUUUUUUCUACAGUAUUGAUGCUACCGGGGCUGCUAACGACGGGACAAGUCUUAUGGUUUUCUUGUAUGGUAGUGCCACUCAUCAGCGUCUCCUUGAUGGCCCGACCUUUGGACCAGGAAGUGAUGAAGAAACCCCUCGGGAAGAACCAGAACUUGACCAAUUGGAAUGCAGCUGUAUUUAUCCUGUGGUGCUACGGUACGAAGUUCCUCGUUACGUUUAUUGUGGUAUUAACGUCAUACAUUGGCAUUUUGGCCAGUCAUUGUGGCCAAAAAUGCCUGGUGGAGCUAAACUGCACCUGUGCGUUUUUUUACAAUCCCGUCAUUCUGACAGAAUCCGUUUCUAAGGGUGGAUGGGACGAGAAUGAAUGGACUUUGCUGAUGGCCAGAUUGAUUAUCAGCUUUAUUAUUUUAUUACAUUUUGUUGUUAUAUCAGUAGGUUUUAUUCACCGAGACCAUUUAGUAUUCCAGAAAUCUCCUCAUACAAAUCUGUAUUGGCUGAUAUCUAUAUCUAUAGUGAUCAUUGUACAAUGCGUAUAUUCAAUUCUAGUCUUCAGAGACAUCGUCAAUACUCAAAAUGUAAACAAAUUUGACAUACCUCGUUGGGUUAUCAUUUUUGCAGCCAUAUCACCUGUAGCAGUACUUAUAGUCAAUGAAAUUAUCAAACGGCAGGAAAUAAUGGUGAAAGAACGAUUUCUAAAAAGAGCUCGCUUGGAUUUUGGUACGAAGCUGGGGAUGAACUCCCCUUUUUAAGAAUGUACAAAAAUACAAAAAAAAGUGUGUCUAUACAACAUGUAGUCGUUGAAACAUGUCAUGGUAAGGCAAAGUAUGCAAAGCAGGCAAAAGAUCAUGACAAAAUAUUUGCUCGUUCUGUGUAAUAUGAACACUAGAAUAAGAAAACAUUGUAAUCUUUUAUAUGUAACUGGAAGAAGUCGAUAUUUUUGCUACUACAUAAAGAUUUUAGAUUAUAGAAACAUGAAUGACCAUAGUGUGAUUAUUUGCAGGAUAUACAGUCGGAAAAAUGAAAGAAUACCCAUGAACGAUCACAUCAAUCAUUUAUUUUGUAUUUGUUGUCUUUUUCUAUAACAAACGUUUGUUAUUUAUAGAAAAAGACAGUAAAUACAAAAUAAGUGAUUGAUGUGAUCGUUCAUGGAUAUAGGGCUUUUCAUUCACAGUCAUUUGUUUCGAGCUUCUGUCAUGUGUCACAUAAUAUUAAUAUAUCUACGUCAAACGUUAUUGGCAUAUACGCUCUGAGCUUCGCUGGUGUCGCUCCUAGCGGUUACUAAUUCAACUUUCACCGGUAAUUUUUAAAUUUAAUAUUUAAUUGUUAUCGCUUAAUAUUUACAACGCUAAAAAGUAAUUAAAUUGUAAUAGAUUUUUUUAUGAUUUUGCUAAUCAUUUUGAUGUUCUAUUGAUGAAAUAUUAAUUUCUUACUUCGGAUACUUUCACAAUUAUCAUGUAGAUGGCGCUAAGAUUAAUAGAAGAUUAAUUUAUAAUUACAUGUUACGGAACAUUAAAAAAACGUAAAUUCAGUAUUUAAAACGUAAGUAUAUUUAAGGUAAAAAUAUAUACCACAGCUUUGACCAACUAAUAUUUUUUAUAAUUAAUGUUUUUAAUUUUAAUUUUAAAUUAAUCACUUUGACAUUUAUGUCCAAUUUCCGGUAAACGUUUACCGACUUACGACUACUGGCGCUCGCGAGUUUAUAAAUAUCCCCUCUACGUACGAGCUCACAGCGUAUACCAAUGAUACAAACCAAAGACGUAUGACGUAGAUGUAUUAAUAUUAUGUGACACAUGACAGAAGCUCGAAACAAAUGACAAUCGAUGAAAAGCCCUAUUCUUUCAUUUUUCCGACUGUACUUAGUUUAAAUUUUGAAGAUUUGACAGUGUUGCCAAGUUGCAAAAAGGUGAUGAAUUUGGGGAAAAUGAUGUGAAAAGAAAAUGAUCUAUUCAUUGUAGAUCAAAAUUGAGUAUCUUGUUUCAUGAUGGAAAUACAUGUAGUGCAUGACUUUUAUUUAUUAUUAUUGUCAAUAUAAAGGUUAGGGAACAUCCAUAAACUACAUCUUAGAGAAGUGAGAGGGGAACGGUGCUUACCACAAAUCUAUAAGAGCGCGUGGGAGGAGGGGCAACAGGUGUACGAUGAAGGGGGGAAGGGUAUUCCAAAUUUUUUACGAUAUUGUUUAUGGAUGUUUCCAUUUUUUGUGAACAGAUUAAAUUCAAAAUUUAUUAAAAAUUGUAAACAAUAUUUUAGGUUAAGUAUAUGACAUUUUAUGAAAUUGACUAAAAUUUGAAACAUAAUUUUGAUUGCACACACUAACCUGUAAUUUCGAUGGCUUUAAUCGACCCCUGCAUAGAAUAACGUUGUAGGUAACUAAUAUUGUUGGCAAUCUUGAUUUACUGUGUUCUUCUUGUAUUUUUAGCUAUAUCUGCCAAUAUCGUCGGUGUGACUUUAACUGCAUUUAUAGAAACGAUUCUGAAUGGAGUAAUAUUGUAAAUAUAGAGAAUAUUUGAAUUGUUUACAGAAUAACAGAGUAUGUAACAAAAAUACAACGUUGAACCAAUUUUCGUCGAAAAAAUACUGUAUCGCUAUAUCCCAAAGUUAAAAAUAUAACCUGUAAUCAAACAUGUAUGUAACUACUUACUUCUUACACUGAAAAAAUAUCACAUUCAUAUACAAAGAUAUCAUUUUUUAUCAUUUCUGAAGAAUAUCUUGAAAGCUGGUUGCAAUGUUAUUCGUUGCAGGUGUAGAUAUAUAAAAAUAUGAUCUCUGUUGUAAUAGUUCUUAAGCAAUUAGAAGAAAAUGAAGUACUUAACUCUUAAAAAUACGGUAAUCUUAAAAUACUGUAGUUGAUUGCCAUCCUCUUUUUUUCUUUCUCGACUAUCACGACCCUAAUAGCAGCGAAUACCGGAUGUAUAGGGCUAGCAACGUACUCGAAGAAGUUAAAUACCAACGUCUAAGAUGGGCUGGUCAUGUCCAUAGACUCCCUAGUAACAGCCUUGCCAAGUUAAGCGGGGAAGAAGCCCCCCAGGAAAAAGGGCCUUAGGACGCUCACGAAAGCGAUGGAGAGACAAUAUAUGGUCAGAUCUACGAACAAUGGGGGUAUCCACUGACCCAACUAUCAUGGACGACCGUUCGAGGUGGAAGCGAGUUGUGCAGUCAGCCAAGAGCCACCCUGGGUUGUAGUGCUACGAGGAGAAUUUUCUUUCUCUCUUUCCUUCUUUUUUCCUCCUCCGGUUCCUACUGUGAUACUCCCCCAUAAACCAUUUUUCAUAAAUAUUUAAGUAGUUUUUAACCCUUUGCGUCGUUGUCAUGUCAUACAUGACACCAUUACAACUCGUAUAAAUUUACUAACAAUUUUGCCCACAGGUCGCCCUGCAUGUCAUACAUGAAAAUCAUAAAACACGAAUUUAGUCGUUGGCAUCUCUAGCAUGCCGUAAAUCUAAAGUCUUAUAACUCGUUAACCAUUUAAUAGAUGACAAUUUUAACGGGAUAUUUGAAUUGCUCGGUAAAUUUCGGUUGAGAAUCUCCCAUAUCGGUUUUUCAACAAAUUCUGGUAAAUGUUUUGAAUGUAUUUAUGUUUGACCGUGCACGUGCUAAACAUCAUUCCAUUUCAAUUAAAGAGAAGUGUUUAUAUGGAGUUCUGUUGAUUUUAUACAGAUUGUGUUAAUAUUUUUAACAUGAAUACAAGAAAAUAUUUAACUCGGACAGAGUUAGAGGCCAUAUAGUCUAAGAUACGAAUAUAGGUCGAUCUGUACCCAUCUGCUUGCCGGAUGAAUCAUUUUUUUUUUAUUAAAUUUCAUACAUAGACAAAUAGAAUUCAACCUGUUGCUUGUUUAAGAUGUUUGGUUCAAUUCUACCAAAUAUAAAUAUUUUAUGUGUCAAACAGUGACGAGUAGUUCAGUAGGCAUAUAAUACAUGCCAACGACCUGUACGACUUUACUCGUCAUCGCGCUCGACCGCAAAGGGUUAAGAUAACGUAAGUACUCAUUUUCUUCUAAACUUACUAUUCAAUUGUUCUUGUCUUCCUUAUUAAAUUAUUUGACUAGUUUUGAGUGAAAUUGAGUCUAAUAUAUUGUUAUUUUUAGAUUUUUAACUGAAUGGAACAAAAGUUUGGGGCCAAAACUCAAUUAUUUUUAAUUCACAAUGCAAUAGUUACUACAUUUACUUGGUGCUUGCAUUUUUUAUUAUCUACUUAAAGUACUUGUAACCAUAGCCAUCCUCAAUGACAGACUAAAAUCAAUUCUCUUACCACAAAUUCCCCAAGAACAAUGCGGAAUUGUCCCAGGUAGGGGAACACGAGAAUACAUUCUUAAUAUUCGUCAAAUUAUAGAAAAACCGAUCCCUGCAUAUUGAUGUAUUGCCUAAACACUUGCGUUUAGACCAGUACAUGAGUAUUGUUGGCAAAUGAUUAUAGGACAUUAUAAGGGCACAUCCUAAAACAGUAGCAUUAUCCUAUAAAUGAGUUCUUCAACCCUACCCUCUUAAUAACAGCUAGAUCAGUACCGUUAAUUCUGUAAAAUUUCUUGGUAUUUACCUUAAGCAACCUUAAGUGGCCCCUUCGUAUCGAUUUGUUAAGUAAGAAACUAGUCUCAGCUUUCUAUACAACAAGAUCUGUUUCAACAUCAGAUUUCAAGGAAAUCAAUUUAGCAUCUUCCAAAGUAACAUAUUUUUCUUUGUUCGAGUCCCAUCUUCGAUAUGGUCAUCCUUUUCUGGUACAGCUGCCCAAUCCGAUGUUAUUUUUAAGUUACAAAAAUAAGAGCAAAAAGAGGCCUCUAUGGCCUCAGAAGAACGAUACAUUGCAGCAGCUACUUCAAAGAUCACGGGAUUUUAACACUUCCUUCUUUAUAUAUUUUAGAAAUUGUUUGCUUAAUUCGUAAACACCUACAUGUCUUUUCAGUAAGACCUAAUCAUGACCAUUCCACCAGAUAUUCAAUCUUUGAUGUCUAUUUACCAAUCCCAUCCACUGAGUUAGCAAAGAAAUCUAUUAUAUUCUGCAAAAAAACUAUACAACCAUCUCUGUCUACAAUUAUUUAAAUCUGCAACAUCUUUCUCCAAGUUCCGUAAAAUGACAAAAGCCUAUCUAUCCAAAAGACCAUAUUAUUCAGUAGAAGAGUUUCUUAAUGACUAAGAAAUUAGAGUACCUUUAUGUUCAAGUAUUUUUAUCUAUAAUUAGGUGCCAUAUGCAGCAGCUUAACUCAUUAAGGUAGAUUAUGCAAUUUGCACUUUAUUUAAAUUUUGCAAUAUAUUGUUUUUGUUUUAUUUCAUUUUUUUUUUAAUUAUAUUGACGAUUUAUGUAUUGUUUCUUUUUCCGACUCUUUGUAAGCUUUGUUUACAAAAUUGUACUUUUUUCAAUGACAAUAAAGCAUAUUUCUAUUCUAAUACUAUAUUUUGUAUUGUUCGAACCUCAAACUUUUGGUACAUACGAACCACAGUGUAAUAAUCGCUGCCAAAGCUCAUCUAUGCAGAUUUUUAUAGAGCUAAAAAGAAAGAAGUCACUAUUUCAUAUCUGGCUUCUUUUCUGUCAUACUGUACUUAAGACUGGAAUGUUUGUAAAUAAAAAAACUAGAAAGUU